GGCCUUCCUUGCGCAGGAGGAGGAGGAGGAGGAAGCUGGCCUGAAGAUGCAGAGGCUGCUGGAGCCGCCCCAGAGAUCGGCUUUCACGGCUGAAGCCACCGGCUCCUUGGCUUUGCGCUGACGACAUCCGCGCCACUUGCGCCACAGGGUGCUCUCUCCCAAGUUGAAGACGUCGCUGGUAACCUGAAGGAUUCAGAUACCCAAAAGGAUAAAUUAAUUGCUGGACGGUAUUUCCGUUUCGUAUUUGCAAUGGAGAAAUAUGAAAAAAUCAGCAAGAUUGGCGAAGGCUCCUACGGGGUGGUGUUCAAGUGCCGGAACAGGGACACAGGUCAGAUUGUGGCCAUCAAGAAGUUUCUGGAAUCGGAAGACGAUCCCGUUAUCAAAAAAAUUGCCCUUCGGGAGAUCCGCAUGUUAAAGCAACUGAAGCACCCCAACUUGGUCAACCUCUUGGAGGUUUUUCGGAGGAAGAGGAAGCUCCACCUGGUCUUUGAAUACUGCGACCACACAGUCCUCCAUGAGCUGGACAAGAACCCACGGGGAGUUCCGGAGCACCUUGUGAAAAGCAUCACUUGGCAGACCCUCCAGGCAGUGAACUUUUGCCACAAGCACAACUGCAUCCACCGAGACGUGAAGCCAGAAAACAUCCUCAUAACCAAGCAUUUUGUCAUCAAACUCUGUGACUUUGGCUUUGCUCGCAUCCUCACUGGGCCCAGCGAUUACUACACAGACUACGUGGCCACUCGGUGGUACCGGUCUCCCGAGUUGCUCGUGGGGGACACCCAGUAUGGCCCCCCCGUGGACGUCUGGGCCAUCGGCUGCGUCUUUGCAGAGCUGCUGUCCGGCAUCCCUCUGUGGCCAGGGAAAUCGGAUGUGGACCAGCUUUACCUGAUCAGAAGGACGUUGGGGGACCUCAUUCCCAGGCACCAGCAAGUCUUCAGCACAAACCAGUUCUUCAGCGGGGUGAGAGUUCCAGACCCAGAAAGCAUGGAGCCUCUAGAAAUGAAAUUCCCAGGCAUUUCCUACUCGGCUCUCGGACUCAUGAAGGUGAGCACAUACCGUGGUUUUUUGAGGCUGGGCCAGGCUUCUACAGGCUGCUUUGCAUACAGAAAGUCCCAGAUUCCGUCCCCAACAGCAGGACGAGAUUUCAGGUUUACCAUCCACAUUAAAAUGCACUAACAUUUUGAGUUGGCUCUUUUCCCUUCAUCCCUGCUUAACCUUCUUUACCGAAACCCAGUUUAGCAAGUUUAACCAUCCAUUUCCAUUUCAUUUGCCUAACACUCAUUGGAGAGGGCCAUUUGGAACUCGCUGCUUUGCACGCCAGUUCCGCUGCCAGCUUGCAAUUAAGUUGAUGAUUGACCAAGCCCUCGGCAGUCUUUUUCCCAUUUCUUUUUUAUAUAAGCAAACCAGGAAAGGGGAGUAAACAAGUGGAACUUGCAACGAAGCAUUCACAGAGCGGAGUGUUUCUGCUCGGCCGCUCCAUUUCAAUCGUCUCCCAAUUUCCCUCUCCCUUCUCCCCCAAAG